AUGGGUGGCAUUGGCAAAAAGACCCUCGCAAUAGUUGUUUAGUUUGAAGGUAAAAGCUUUUUUGCUAAUGUUCGAGAAGUUUCAGAGAAAUGUGGACUUGUUUCUUUAAAAAAACAACUACUUUUCCAUAUGUUGUUUGAUGAAAGCUUCAAUUUUUUCAAUGCUCAUGAAGGCAAAGCCAUAAUUAGCCAUAGGUUGUCUCACAAAAAAGUUCUUGUUGUUCUUAAUGGUGUUGAUAACCUACAACAGUUGAAAUACUUGGUUGGAAGGCGUGAUUGGUUCAGUUUAGGGAGUAGAAUCAUUGUAACAACAAGAGAUGAACAUUUGCUCCAAUCUUAUCGAGUUGAUGGUGUGUAUAAGCCUACAACAUUGAAAGACAAUGAUGCACUUCAUCUUUUCAAUUUGAAAGCUUUCGGUUGCGAGACAGUGCCAAAAGAGGAUUUCAUUGAGCUUGCUAAACAUAUCGUAGGUUAUGCUAGUGGACUCCCCUUAGCUCUUGAAGUUUUGGGUUCUUUUCUGUGUGAUAGAGAUGCAAGGCAACGGAAAAGUGCAAUAGAAAGACUUGAAAGAGAUUCUAAUAAAGAAAUUCUUGACAGACUUUAAAUAAGUUUUGAUGGACUGGAAGAAAGGGAGAAGAAUAUAUUUCUAGAUAUAGCAUGCUUCUUUAAUAGGGAGAAAAAGAUUUUGGAAUUUAACAAGACUCUCACUUUGAAUGGGGAUAUUUUCUUGAAGGUGAAAAGAUUAAGAUUGCUUAAAGUCCAUUGUCUUCCAAAUUGUUCUGAUCUCACCUACCUUUCUAAUGAGCUACGACUUUUAGAUUGGCCAGGAUAUUCUUUAAGAUCUUUGCCUUUAGGCUUCCAACGGGAAAAUCUUGUUGUACUUCUCUUGCCUUAUAGCAAUAUUGAACAACUGUGGAAGGAAAAUACGCCCCUGUAUAAGUUGAAAGUGCUCAACCUCAAAGUUGGAGUUCUUGCGAGGCUUAAGUUGUUGAAUUUAAGAGGCUGCAAAAGUCUGAGGAGUUUUCCAACCAGAAUUGGAAUAGAAUCUCUUGAAAAGUUGACUCUUUCAGGUUGCUCAAAACUUCAAAGCGUUCCAGAGAUUGAUGGGAAAAUGGAAUGUUUGUUGGAGCUUUGUUUUGAUGGGACAAACAUUAAAGAGCUACCUUCUUCAAUCGGAAAUCUCAGAAACUUAAACUUUCCAGAGAUUGAUGGCAAAAUGGAAUGCCUGCUAGUGCUUUAUUUAGAUGGGAUAAACAUUAAAGAGCUACCCUCUUCAAUCGGAAAUCUCAGAAGACUUAAAGUUUUGAAUUUAAAGGACUGCAAAAGUCUUAGGAGUCUUCCAAUCAAAAUUGGAAUGGAAUCUCUUGAAAAGUCAGGUUGCUCAAAUCUUAAAAGGUUUCCAGAGAUUGAUGGCAAAAUGGAAUGCCUGCAAGAGCUUUCUUUAGAUGGGACAGGCAUUAAAGAGCUGCCUAUUUCAAUUGGAAAUCUGAGCAGUCUUGUUCUGUUAAAUUUGAAAGAUUGCAGGAACCUUGUGGAUCUCCCAAGGAACAUAGGUGGGUGUAAAAGUUUAAAAUCUCUUAAUACUUCUGGUUGUUAUAAAGUUGAAUAUUUGCCAGAGAAUAUGCAGCAAAUAGAAUUCUUGGAGGAGCUUGACUUAAAAAGACUUGAAAGAGAUUCUAGCAAAGAAAUUCUUGAUAGGCUUCAAAUAAGUUUUGAUGGAUUGGAAGAAAGGGAGAAGAAUAUAUUUCUAGAUAUAGCAUGCUUCUUUAAUGGGGAGGAGAAAGAUUUUGUAAUGAAAGUACUGGAUGGUUGUGAGUUUUUUCCAGUUAUUGGAAUUGAUGUUCUCAUUAAAAAAUCUUUACUAACCAUUACUGAAUACAACCAAUUGCGGAUGCAUGAUUUGCUACAAGAAAUGGGAAGAAAAAUUGUUAAAGAAAAAUCUGUUGAUGAAUCUGGAAAACGUUGCAGAUUAAUAACAAUAAAAAUGAGCUUUCCUAUGUUAUUCUCUUUUUUAUCUCUAAUUUAUUAUUGUUUUCAACAGCCCCUGCAUAAGUUGAAAAUGCUCAACCUCAAAGGGUCUGAAAACCUUAUCAAGGCACCAGACUUCACAACUACCCCAAAUCUUGAAAUUUUGGUUUUGGAAGGAUGUAGUAGAUUAGUAUAUGUUCAUCCAUCUGCUGGAGUUCUUACAAGGCUUAAGCUUUUGAAUUUAACAGGCUGCAAAAAUCUGAGGAGUUUUCCAACCAAAAUUUGUAUGGAAUCUCUUGAAAAGUUAAUUCUUUCAGGUUGCUCAAAACUUCAAAGCUUUCCAGAGAUUGAUGGGAAAAUGGAAUGUUUGUUGGAGCUUUGUUUUGAUGGAACAAACAUUAAAGAGUUAUCUUCUUCAAUCGGAAGUCUCAAAAGACUUAAAGUUUUGAAUUUAAAAGACUGCAAAAGUCUUAGAGGUCUUCCAAUCAAAAUUGGAAUGGAAUCUCUUGAAAAGUUAAUUCUUUCAGGUUGCUCAAAUCUUGAAAGCUUUCCCGAGAUUGAUGGCAAAAUGGAAUGCCUGCUAGAGCUUUAUUUAGAUGGGACGGGCAUUAAAGAGCUACCUAUUUCAAUUGGAAAUCUGAGCAGUCUUGUUUUGUUAAAUUUGAAAGAUUGCAGGAACCUUGUGGAUCUCCCAGGGAGCAUAGGUGGGUGUAAAAGUUUAAAGUCUCUUAAUCUUUCUGGUUGUUAUAAAGUUGAAUAUUUGCCAGAGAAUUUGCAGCAAAUAGAGUUCUUGGAGGAGCUUGACUUAAGUGAAACAUCAAUGACAAAACCACCACCCUUCAUUUUUCAAUUUAAAAAUCUUAAAGUUCUGUCUUUUAAUGGGUGCAAGGGAUCUUCUUCCAAGUUGCAAAAAAAACUUCCUUCUCUGUUAAAGGUAAUUCAAAGAGGAAGGACAAAUUCUAUGGCUCUGACGUUGCCUUCGUUGUUAGGUUUGAGUUCAUUAACAAGGCUGAAUCUAAGGGACUGCAAUCUUUGUGAAGGAGAUAUUCCUGGUGAUAUUUCUCGGUUAUCCUCUUUGAUACACCUUGAUCUUGGUGGUAACAACUUUAUCAGCAUACCUUCGUGUGUUACUCGAAUUUCCAAGCUUGAAUUUCUUAGAUUGUCAGAUUGCAGGGCGCUUAAAUCGUUGCCUGAGCUUCCAACAAGUAUAGCGAUUGUAAGAAUAGAUGGUUGUGCUUCUCUGGAAAUAGUUGCAAAUCCAUCAAAAGUUUGCAAUUCAAGUGAUUUGUUGGCUAUAGGAGGUGUUAAUUGCCUCAGAUUGGCUGAGAACAUCAACGCCUUAACAUUGCUGAAAAAACAUCUAAAGGUAUUUGGAAAUUCAAGAAAAUUGUUUGAUAUUAUUCUACCUGGAAGUGAAAUGCCAGAAUGGUUUAGUCAACUAAGAGGUGGCCCUUCAAUUAAGAUAGAUUUGCCUCUGGAAGUUCGGAAUGAUUGGCAAUGGAUGGGAGUUUCUUUGUGCUGCAUUUUUGUCAGUGAUGAUGCUUCAAGGAAUGAGGAACUCAUGUGUAGAGCUGUUAUCCAUGGUAGAUAUUCUAGACAAGCCAAUUGCACUCAAUCUAAUUUCCAGGAUAGAGAUGGUCGAUAUGUCGACUGUAGUGGCUGGGAUGUAGAUUAUCAUUUUGAACGGCCCGUAAUGAAGGACCACAUUUUAAUUCGUUAUUUGUCGCGUGACAAGUUGUAUCCAAUUUCCUUGGAAGACAAAUGUGGUGAACGCGAAACCAAUAAUUUUUGGACAACAGGUUGCUUAGAUCAGGAAUGCCAUCAACUUGAGUUGUCUUUUGAAAGCCCCUUAGUAGUCAGUGUUAAGGUGAAGAAGUGUGGUGUUAGAAUAGUGUAUGAGAGAGAUUUGGAAGAGCUGGAACAAAUACAAGAGCUGCGUAAUAGUAAGUGUUGUGCAAAUUUUGAUGAUAUCCAGCAACACUCUGCUGAUGAUGGAUCAAUAGGUAACGGUUCCCUAAUAAAGCGAAAACUUAAUAUCUAUGAGGAGAUGGAUGAAGGGCCGCAACCAAAACGCAUGCAAAAAUUCUUCAGUUCUAUAAUGGGCAGACUUGGGAAGAAGCACUAAUUGUGGACUGAGAAAGUGUAAUCGGCUGGAGAUAAAAUGUGGAGGAAGUUUUGAUUGUUCCAUGAAGAAGCAACUAAUAAGUAAGGUGUGAAUCCUUUGACAAUGUUUAGGUUAUAAUCAUCCUUUGACUAUUUUCGUAAAGUAAUAUUGUUGUUUUAUUUUUGUUCGAAAUUGUUAGACACCAAGUUAUGUGUUAAAUGUGGUAUGUGUCUAAUUUAAUCUUUUACAAUUGUUUUUAUAUAUUUGAAACAUUAAAUAAAAAAAAUGUAGGCAAAACAUCAAUUUUGUUCUCAA